UCCUCGCAGUUUGUUGUCAAGUCGACAGGACAAAGCACGCGCUGAGCGCUCUUUGAAGAGUCCGUAAGGUGGUUUUUCACUCCCUCAAGAAUAUGUUUGUGGGUUUCGUUUUCCUAUGCAUGUUUCUGCUGAGCGGGUCUCGCGGGGAAAAUGAUGUUUAUGAUAUCGGAAUCGGAAUAGCAGAUAUAACGGGCCCAGCGGCAGAUAUCAACAUGAUGGGUUACGCCAAAAUUUCCCAAGUGACCCGUGGCAUCCACACCCGUCAGUACAGCCGAGCCUUUGUGAUCAGUGACAACAGCUCUCGAGUGGCCGUGGUCUCCAUAGAUUCCGGAAUGGUAUCCCACAUCGUCAAGAUGGAGGUAGUGAAAGCCUUAAAAGAAAAAUUUGGUGAACUUUACACAGAAGAGAAUGUCAUGAUUACUGCCACUCACACUCAUGCGACUCCUGGCGGCCAUUUGCAGUAUCUGCUCUAUCUUAUACCAUCGCAAGGUUUUAUACGACAGACUUUUUACAGCUUGGUGAAGGGUAUCGUCAAGAGCGUGGAAAGGGCCCAUGACAAUAUGCAGCCCGGUCAUAUCUACUGGAACACUGGGGAGGUGUACAAUGCCAGCAUUAAUCGCAGUCCCACCGCUUACGAAAACAAUCCAGAAGAAGAAAAGGACAGAUAUGAAACGAAUGUGGACAGGACCAUGUUUCUUCUUAAAUUCACCGAUAUUCACGACAAACCUCUAGGGAUGAUCAACUGGUUUGCCGUGCACCCCACCAGCAUGAACAGCUCCAACCACUUGAUAAGCAGUGACAACAAAGGCGCUGCCUCCCUCAUGUUCGAACAGCUAAUGAACGGCGACGAGGCCUUGCCAGGAAAGGGUCCUUUUGUAGCAGCUUUUGCGCAGUCGAAUGCAGGCGACGUUUCUCCAAACAUCUUGGGUGCCAGAUGUCCCAGUGAUCCUUCAGAGACCUGCGAUAUCGAGACCAGCACUUGCAAAGGAGGGAAAGAGCGCUGCAUUGCCGUUGGUCCGGGACAAGACAUGUUUGAAAGCACUUGGAUCAUUGGCAGAAGACAAUACAAAACGGCCAAAGAAUUGUUCAGGACGGCGGAUCAAAGAGUGUCGGGUCCGGUGCUUUUCAUUCAUCAAUUCAUUGACAUGUCGAAUAUCGAACUGGAAAGCAAUGGUACCGAAAGGAGAACUACUUGCAAGCCUGCCAUGGGUUUCAGUUUUGCUGCGGGAACCAUCGAUUGUCCGGGCGAAUUCGAUUUUCUUCAAGGCACGACAAAAGGAUCCACUCUCUGGAACAUUGUCGUCGAUUUUAUUCGAAGACCCUCCAAAGAACUGAAGGCCUGCCAAGCUCCCAAGCCAAUCCUACUUGCCACAGGAGAGAUGUCCCUUCCUUACAAAUGGCAGCCCGAUGUCGUUCCCACGCAGAUCCUCUACAUUGGUAAUGUGGCCAUCCUGGGAGUUCCUGCAGAAAUCACAACGAUGGCUGGAAGACGUUUGAGAGAAUCCGUCCACAAGGUUUUGGAAGAGUCAAGUUCGAAAAAUAAUUUUCAAGUUGUAAUUUCAUCUCUCAGUAACGCUUAUUCUUCGUAUGUUACUACAUUUGAGGAGUACCAGGUGCAGAGAUACGAAGGAGCCUCUACAAUGUACGGGCCUCAUACUUUGGAAGCAUACAUUCGUCAGUUCGAGAUGUUGGCGGACCACGUUCUUCUGAGGGAGGAUGUGGAUCCGGGUCUCGAACCUGACAACCUUCUCGGACAGCAGCUCAGUUUCAAGCUAAAUGUCAUGUUUGAUGGCAGCAGGAGGGGCAGGAGUUUUGGUGAUGUCAUAGAAGAUGCCCACCGACGUUAUAAAACUGGUUCUACUGUAAAAGUGUCGUUCGUCAGUGGGCAUCCUAGAAAUGACAUGAUGCUGGAGAGAUCCUUUUUGCAAGUGGAAAGAUGGAACAACGACACUGAAACGUGGGAUGUUAUUGCUACUGAUGGGAAUUGGGAAACUAAGUACUACUGGCAAAGGACAAACACUUUGAUAGGGGAAAGUAAAUCAACUGUGGUCUGGGACAUUCCUGCAACUGCCAAACUUGGACGAUACAGGAUUCGACACUUCGGUAAUUCCAAGAAUAUUCUGCAGAUCCUAAAGCCCUACGUCGGAACUUCCAGAGAGUUUGAAGUCGUGCAGUAAUUAAAAUACGGUACAAACUCGUGCAAACUCCGUGGCCAUCGAAUCCUAGAAGAGAUUGCUACUGAUAAAUGCUUCUUAAUGUGGACCAAAAACUUUGUCGAUCGGAGGAGGCUUCGGAAAAACGAAUGCCUAAAUUCCAAAUGGCAAAAGAGCUUCUUCAAAAACCAGCUACUCAAGAAAUGCGUUUUAGCAUUAAGUACAGAAUUGUUGGUAGGAAAUUUAAGUUUUUAAAAAUGUUUAUAGGCUUGAUAGUUAUAGCAAGUAAUUUCAAUUUAAGCUGAAAAAAUGAAACUUUUUAAUAUUUUAAACGAGAAUUUCUUUUGAUUGAAAGGGUUCAUAAAACACCUUGUUAAUUUUGAAAGAUCCCUUUUGUUGAAGCAUGUUUAACAAGAAUUCACUUAAGCAGCAUCAUUGUAUAUAACAUUUGUUCCAUCAUUUAAUAGAUAUUUUUCACAUUUUACUCGUUAGAGGAUAGAUGCCGCAUAUGAAAUGGCAUUGAUUUUAUUGAAAAUUUAGGCCAUAAAAUCUAUAAACCAUGUAGCAAUAAUGUAAAUAUAGUUAAUAGAAACAGUUACAGUGAAAAAGCAUUUAUCAAUACUUUUUCAGGAAUUAAAUAUUUUAACAAAAGAUUAACAGUCAUUGCAAUGUUUUAAAAGGAAUAGUAAAAUAUAUAUUUUAUAUCCUCAAAGAGGAAAUAUUUUUCAAUACAAUUUUCUAUAAUAAUUUUAUUAAAAUAUUUUAAAGAUAAACUUAGGAUAGUUCUUUUUUGUUUUUGUCAAGAAUCUGUUUGGAUUAGAUCACAAAUAAUUGCCCGAAAUGGACUAUUUAUAUCAAUAAGUCUAUUAUCUAAUCUAGAAAGUAUUUGCAUACAUUUGUUCUCAUAAAUUAAAAGUGCAACAAACCAAAAAAAAAAAAA